AUGUCCGACAAGAUACAGGAGGAGAUAUUAGGACUAGUAAGCAGGUCCAACUUCAAACAAUGCUAUGCAAAACUGGGGCAAUUGCAAAAACAAUUUCCCAAUGCGUUGUACUUCAAGAUUUUGGAAACCUAUGUUAAAUUCAAGCAGUCACCUGGUAAGUUCGAUUACAAUAAACUGCUAGAAGAACCAUAUGGGCUGAAAGGGACAACGAUUACGGGCGACACGCGUUCCUUGGAGUUUUUGCACAACUUCUUCGUAGAGUUAGGGAAAUACGACGAAGCAUUGCACGUGUAUGAAAGAGGAAAUUUCAAAUUCCCUAGCUACGAAUUGUCUUAUCACUGGUUUAUGAAAGCAUUGGAAGAUUCCAAUUAUAACCAAAUGAGCAAAGCAUCUCUACAGCUAGCUAAAUACAGUGACAGUGGAAACCUGCCUAAAAGAGCAUAUUAUUUUUGGAAUGCAAUCUCGAUUUUAGCCGUAUCAAGGUUUCAGGAAAACACUCUUUCAGAUCCCAAGAAAAUUUUGCUCUCCAGGCUAGCGCGCCAGUCUUUGUUAGACUUGAAACCAUUUCAAAAUGUUCAAGAGAUUAUAGUUUAUUGUUUGGUGUUGGAUGAACUAUUCCCUCAAUCUAGAGAAAUCUCGGAAGAGAUUGUUGCGAUUACCUUUGCCAAUUUUGAUACUUCAGUAAACUUGUAUUUGAAAAACUUUAUCUUGAAGCAUACCAAGUUAUUGAAUUCUCCACAAAAACUUUUUGAAGUUUGUUCAAAACUUAUUGAAAAGGGCCUUGAUGAUUAUGAAUUGAUCACAAACUUGAUUGAUGCUGCCUACAAACUUUCUAAAUCUAAAGACGAAGUCAAACAAUGGAUUGAUGAAAAUUUGGGAGACUCAAGGAAUACUCGAUUGGCGCGCUUGAAACUUGAUAUAAUGUACACCGAUUCGGUUUCGGAAUCAUCUUUGUCGUACUAUUUAUCAAAGUACCAUAACAAACCUUGUUGUUCAAUCGAUUUGAAUCAUUACAGCGGCCACAUUAACAUAGAUAUGCUUAAGAGCAUUAUGUCUAAGUACGAUCCAGAGGAUAAGGAUUUGAUUCAUCAUUGUAAUAUUCUAGAAUUGGGACUUAUUGGAAGCGACUCAAUCAAUAACUAUAACAAGUUUAAGGGGACCCUGGAAAAAAAAUCGGUAACGGAUUAUUCCUCCUGUUCUACAUUCUUAUUAGAAAUAGUCAAGGACAAGUGCAAGAAAACUAAUCCUGAAUUGAAAGACGUGCUUUUGUGUAUAACGAUAUUGGAAAAUUACCAAGCCAAGGACCCUCAUAACUUCGAUACUAUGUGCUGGCUGAUUGUUUUAUACAUGUACCUGGGUUUAGUUCCCGAUGCUUAUUUCCAUUUCAUAAACCUAAAGAUUAAAAACGUUCAAACAGAUUCCCUAGAUUACAUGAUAUUCUCGAGAUUUUCUACUUUGUUCCCGAAUAAACAGAGCGAUUUUUACUCCAAGACAUUCCAUGAACAUAAUAAUUUAUACGAUACAUCACUGGCUAAUUUACCAAGAUAUAUUCAGGUGGCAUUCGAAAGAAAUUCAUAUAGCAAAAUACUAGGAAUGCUCGAGAUGAGGGAUAAACUAAUGAAAUCCUAUACAAGAUGGACCAAAACUUUAGAAAACUUACAGUUCUCACGUUUAUGCAACGACAAGCGCGGCCACCUACUACAAAAAUUACACGAAGAUUGGAGAUCUUUAGAAAUGACGCAAAGUGUAUCAUUUUCUGACAAUAGAGACUUUUCCAUAUUAGAUGAAAAUUUUGCCCAAUUUCUUAACCGUGGUAAAAUUUUGGAAUAUGCUAACUUGAAUGAAGAAUCAAUUUUUCUAACUUUGAUAAGAGAACUUAUUAUUGAAGCUUUGCCAAAUGGGGAGAAAACGGAACAAAUAAGUGCGCUCUUAAAAAAACUUCCAUCAAUUAACCUUGAAGAGUUGUUGAAUAAUAAUUUAACUGAAGUGGAGUCAGCGUCAUUUCUGAUUUUUUUCGAAAUUUACGAAAAUAACGGUAAAAAUCUACAUGAUUUAAUUUCUAGGUUGAUGAAAGUCCCAAUAAAUGCAAAACAAAACUGGAUGGUAUCCCAUACUUACCUUACUAAAAUGGCAACCUUAAAAACACUAGACAGUUUGAAGAGAAUCAAAGAUAAAGAAAUUCAAAAACUAAUCAAAAACUCCCUCAAGGAGUUGAGGAGUUGUUGCGAUGAUGUAUUUAAAGGUUAUUCUAAAGCUUUAGUACAAGCAUAUGAAGAAUUAAAAAAAGAUGAAUGUGGCAACUUGUUAAAAGAACUUGAUGUUAAAGCUGAAAAUGUCAAGAACAUUAAAAAUUCAUUACUAGGCAUCCAAAAAAGUGUAAGAAAUUUAUGA